UGUGUAUCUAAACAUAAAUUUGACACACCAAAAAACACAGAAAAACGUCGGUGCCAUCAUGUGCACCGGAAUACGGCGGCAUUUGUGAAUAUGUGCCACCGUUUGUGGUAAAUCGUUUGCAAUCAACCCCAUCACCUUAAAUAUACAGCGAUUAAUGCUGAACAACAAUCAAUUUAGCACUGGGCGAAGUUUGUGUGUGUGAGAACAAUAUGUUGGACGUUAUCGAGUAUAUUCGCAGUUUUUUUGUUCCAAUCCGCAACAAGCGUAAAAGAAGCACAUCAGAUCUGAUUGAAGAAUUCAUAUCACCCAGCAAACACAGAAAGCUUUCACCCUGUUUUCCUGAAGAUGAUUGGAUAAUUCCCAGGAAUCAGUUUAUUACAAGGGGUACAGAAAUGGAUCAUAAGCUAACAUAUAAGCCCAGCAUAAUUGUGUUGGAUGAUGGGUCUAAUUCUCCCAUCUCUUCUACACCAAAUGCUGCCAGUAGCUUGCUUAAAACCAAGGCUGAAUUGAAUACAUCUGGCACCUCUUCAUAUUUUACACCUAGAUUGGCUUCCAAGGACUUGUUCAAUUUUCCAUCAGCAGUGAAGAAGAGAGGCAUUGCAAUGUCUGGCUCUGCUUCAGAUUAUGCUUUCCAGCUGGACGAGAAAAGCAAGUAUCAGCAACUGCUUCUGAAGGCUGAGAAUCACACUUCAGGCACACUGGCCGAAUCAUUUGCGAAUUAUUACACGCCACUGGGCAAGACGCCCGUCAGCCGAGGAAGACAACUGGUGGACUUGGCGAAAUCGUUACCCGGCGUGGUCGAUCUGACUGGCGGUAAACGCAACAAAACCACAACCAGCGAAACCAUUCGCAAAGUCUUGGAUGGAAUGGAGGAGGUGGUGGUCGUCAAGGAUUCCGACUCUGACGUUGAAUACUUGCCGACACCACCAUCGCCGAAGCCUGAUUUCAAAGUGGAGCGUAUCAAUAGUCUGAAGCUGCUGGCAUCAUCAUGCGAGCCGAUGCGAGAAAAUUGGAUUGGUGAUAAGGUGCGGCGACACCGCGAAGAAUUGGACAAAUUCACAUCUGAGCUGGAGGCGAGGCAGAAUCGACUUGCUGAAGUGCGCCGUAUCAACGAGGAGAUAAUGCGCGAGCAGCUCGAGAAACAAGUCGAAAAAUGCCUGCACAUCAAGGAGGUGGUCAUCCCAAUCGAAGUGAAGGUAACGCUGCCAACGCUCAACGACAAGCAGGAGCAGAUGGUGGAAUUUGCGCUCGACAAACGAGCGCCGCCGCAUGUUGUCAUCGCCAGCAAAUUCAAUUUAAACAUUACCCGCCGCGACAUGCUCACACUAUCCGGCCUAAACUGGCUGAACGACGAAGUGAUCAAUUUCUAUAUGAAUCUGCUCAUCGAGCGCGGCAAGCUGCCUCACCAGCCCAAGACGUACGCAUUCAAUACAUUCUUCUACCCGAAGAUCCUCAAAGACGGCCAGAGCUCGGUUUGCCGCUGGACACGAAAGAUUGACCUAUUCACGUAUGAUGUGAUAUGCGUGCCCAUCCAUCUCGGCAUGCAUUGGUGCAUGGCAAUCGUUGAUAUGCGCCGCAAGACGGUUUCGUAUUAUGACAGCAUGGGAAAACCAAACGUGCAAUGCACGGAGGCAAUCUUCCGCUACUUACAGGACGAGCACGCCGAAAAGAAGGGCUCCCCUUUUGAUACAAAGGGCUGGCAACUCAAAUGCGUGCGCGACGUGCCGCAACAGAUGAACGGCAGUGAUUGCGGCAUGUUCUCGUGCACGUACGCUGAAUUUGCGACGCGUAACGCGCCGUUCAAUUUUAGUCAAGAGGAUAUGCCUUACUUUCGGCGAAAAAUGGUCGUCGAAUUGAUGAUCGGCGAGCUGUUAAUACAAUAAGUUAUAAACAAAGACAAUGCUACAAUAAAGCAUGUAUUAUUUUUUGA